AUGAAUACUAUUCGACGGCUACGCUCCAGAGAGUUCUGGAUGGAAGAUGCCAAGUUAAAUGCUAUGGCUGCAAUCAGCCUUUUUCAGUUCUCAGAAGAAAGCACCAUUGUCGCAUCUGUGGACAAGAUUUGCGUCUUCUGUCAGGGCAAGGAUGAAGACCCAGUUCCUAGCUAUGCCGACGCAUAUGAUCGUCGUGGUAUAGAUGAUGAUCGGAUGUCCUUAUCUGACUUGUCAGUACGGGGCUUAGAUUAUCCAAAUCAUGACUUGGCAUUGGCGCACGAGGAGAACUGGAGCAUACAAAGACACCAUCGUGGUUCACCAUCAACUACUCUUACUCGUCGGGGAUCUGAUGCUCGUGUAUUAGAGCGUGAAUUGCACGAGGCUCUAUAUGAAUCAUCAUCAUUGAAAUAUCCAUCAGACGUUGAACGACAAACAGAUGACGAGUCAGACGAAGACGAUGACGACGAAGAAGAGAUCAAUCCUGCUGCUGUCGGUAUUGCCAAUGCACUGAGUACAUCUGGUAUAGAUUUUAGGCCUGGUCAUGCUAGAAAGAAGAGUGAUACUGGUAGAGGUGGUGUUCCAGCGAGUCUCAAGCAUCUUAUACAACGACUUGAAGCUGAAGGUAGUGAGAUGCCAGCUUCGUCUGGUGGUCUUGUGACUCGACGGCCGACACUUCAUCGUAUUCGAAGACCUGCUUCAACAAUACAAAUCAACGCUGUAGCAGUCAAUCACCUGAAAGCACUCCUAUCCCAAGUGCUUCACGAAUUCCAUAUUGGGAACCCAGCAGAAUGGGAGCCCGUAUUUAUAAACCUAAUGCUUAAAGUAUCUGAAUCGCUACACCCUGAUGUCAAAUCUGGAGACUCGCCAGAUCCGAAUACUUAUGUAAAAAUCAAACGUAUUCCAGGUGGUCUACCUUCUGAUUCUAUGUAUAUAGAUGGCGUUGUAUUUUCCAAGAGUGUGCCACACAAGUUAAUGCCAGUGCCCAUCGCCAAUCCACAAAUCCUACUAUUGGCCUUUGCUCUCGAAUAUAGACCCGUAGAAGCUGCUGAAACUGUAGAUUUGAGUAUUGAAGCAGUCGUGUCUCAAGAAAAGGAGCACGCGCAAAAGCUGAUUGCUCGUAUAUUGACUCUGAAACCAGAUCUUGUAUUGGUCGAAAGAGGUGUCAGUCGGUAUUCAAUGGAAUACUUGCUCGAAGCUCGAGUUACUGUGAUUGCCAAUGUAAAGCCAUCUGUAAUGGAAUCUAUAGCUAGAAGUACACAGGCGGAUAUCGUAACAUUCGAGAAGCUUGCCCAGUCACCUCGCCUCGGGACAUGUCGACUCUUUCGAAUGCAGACUUACUUCCAUCCAGAUAUACCACGACAUCGCAAAUCCUUCUUGCUUUUUGAAGGAGCACGUAAGGAAGUAGGAUGUACACUAGUGUUGAGAGGUCGACCUGCAGAUGAACUAGGUGAAAUCAAGACUCUGGCACGAUUUAUGAUCCAAGUAGCAUAUAAUCUGAGACUAGAGACCUCACUUCUCCAAGACGAAUUCGCCUUAUUGCCUACGUCAGUAGCUUCCGUAGCACCAGCACCUGUAAUCGAGGACGAGAAUACUAAUACACGCAGUAAAAAAUCGGCACUUGAAAAGUCUAUUCAAGUCUAUGAGAAGACCAUUCUCUCAUCAUCGCCCAAUGUAAUUAUCCCACCACCAUAUACCCUUUCGAAGCAGCGUGAACUGGCUGCGCGAACCCCUAGUCAUCGAAAUGUAGGAGCCUCCAGCCCUCUACCACCGCUAGCACCAAUAUCAAUCCGACCUGGAAUGGAGAAUGGGCAUCAUGAAAUCGAUGAAUUGACUCUGAGUCCAUUCGAUUAUCAGUCAAUUAUAGUCCUUCGAUCUACUUCUGGUGGUGCUCUCACAACGCCCUGUCAUCCUCCUGAAUAUCAAACUUUUGACUAUUAUGGAGAAUCCGAUAUACCGUUAGGCAGAUAUAUCGAACGUGUAUAUAUGCUGUCUAGCUACUUGUGUCGAUGUGAACGUCCAUGGUUGAAUCAUGUUCGGAGUUAUGCACAUGGUGAAGGCAAGGUGAAUGUUAUCUUGCAAACACUUGCAUGUCCCAUAGCUGGAAUGGAUGAGAGUAUAUUGAUGUGGAGUGAGUGUCGUAUUUGUCAUGCGUCGACUCAGCCAGUGCCGAUGUCUGAAGAUACAUGGGCAUUCUCGUUUGGAAAGUAUUUGGAGCUCACAUUUUAUCAUACUGGAAUACCUUGUCGAGCAAAUUUGUGUCCCCAUGACAUUCAUCGAUGUCACGUUAGAUGGUUUGCGUAUCGGGGACUUGGAAUCAAGGUUGAGUACAGCAGGAUUGACCUGUAUGAAGUCAUCUUUCCAUCCAUGAAACUAGAAUGGGAUGCACGUGUACACGAACAAAACAAGGAAGAAGAUCGUGACGCUCUCCAUACUCGGAUCGAUCGACUCUACGCAUCCAUACGAAAACGAUUCCAGUCCCUACUUGACCAUGAUCGUGAACAUAAUCAAACCACACAAAACAUUCAUCAAUUCAAGGAACGACGUAGCCAGAUACUCAGUUUGCAAAGGCAAGCUGCUGGAGAUCGUAGACAUAUGCUACAAGUGCUACAAAGAGCAUUCACAAACUCGGCAAAAGAUGAUACCUUUGCCUUGAGCGUUGUCUACCAUGAGCUUUUGAGUAAUGUGACUAGAUGGGAUGCUAUAUUUGCGAAGAUAUUCGGUAUAUCGCUCACACCGAAUGAGAAACGGUCUCUGGCAAUCACAAACAGUAGCAAACUUGCUGUGACUAUUCCACCACCCUUGCCACCAAGAGAGACACAAACGGAUAUGUUGCCAGUAUUGGGAACGUCACCUUCGCGGGAAGCUAUGGAUGUAUUCUUAAAGGCUCACGCAUUGCCUGAUCCAGCAAACCUGGAGGUGGUAGAAUUGAAAGACUGGACUCCCAAACACUUCAAGGACCCAUCCACGAAGCGCUUCCUACACAAUACCGAUGCAAUAGAUCAAGUACUUCUAGUAGCUCCUUCUGAUAUAUUCCCAAUGACCCAAGAAGUACUGGCACCAACUCCAUUCUUGCCAGUCAAUGUGCUUGAUGCUCUAGAUACCAAGACUCCAGCAUCGAAAGCACCAUUAGGAGAACGACACUUUUUCGUGCCGUCUGGUUGUAUUACUGAAUCUAUUGCUGAUGAACGUAUUGGAGGGCCACAAUUCGAAUGGACUGUGCCGAGAGAUGAUGAAUUGGAAGAGUUUGACGAGGAGACUCAUGGAGACGAGGAUGAGUCUGCGGGUAUUACGGGGCAGUUGCAAUAUCCAUGGUCUCCAUUUGAACAUGUUCAUCCAGACUCACCAGUCAUUUUGCGUGAAGAUGAGCCUAGUUCUAUUAUUGCAUUUACUUUGCGAUCCAAGCAAUAUCAAGCGGCUCUUGCUGCAAUGCGGUCUGGUGCUAGUGUUAAUGCUGAGGGCGAGAAACCGAUCUGUGUCGAGUUUGAUGAUAUUGGUGGAGAAGCUGGCAAACUUCCAGACGGGUCUCAGGUCAAAUUCAACUGUCAGGUGUUUUAUGCUGAAGAAUUUGAAGAACUUCGAGCUGCUUGUGGAAUUGAGAAACUCUACAUCGAAUCUCUGGCACGAUGUUUCAAAUAUGAUUCAUCUGGAGGAAAAUCACGUAUGCUUUUCUUGAAAACUCGAGAUACAAGGUUCAUGAUCAAGCAAUUGAAUCGUGCCGAACGAGAGGCAUUUGAGCAUUUUGCACCAAUGUAUUUGGAGCAUAUGUCUCGUGCUGCUAAUACUAAGCUCCCAACUGCCUUGGCCAAGAUUUUUGGCUUUUACACCAUCAAAAUCAAACAUACCUUGACCAACAAGAGCACUCGUUUGGAUUUGUUUGUUAUGGAGGACUUGUUCUUUGGACGGGAAGAUAUCAAGGUGUUUGAUCUGAAAGGAUCUGAAUGGAAUCGACAUGUACAAUCAACUGGGAAACGUGGUGAAGUGUUUUUGGAUUUGAAUUUCGUCGAAUACAUUUACGAGUCACCACUAUUCUUACGCGAGCACAGCAAACGUAUGCUACGUGCCUGUGUCUUCAAUGAUACAAUCUUCCUAUCCAAGCAAGGUGUUAUGGACUACUCUCUCCUUGUUGGUGUUGAUCAGAAACGACAAGAGCUCGUGGUUGGAAUUGUUGAUUUCAUCAGAACAUUCACAUGGGACAAGAGACUGGAGAGUGUCGUCAAGGAAAGUGGAUUAUUGGGUGGAGGUGGCAAGCAGCCGACCAUUGUCAAACCAAAAGUGUACAAGAAACGGUUUAGGAAUUCGAUGGAGUCGUACUUUCUCUGCGUGCCUGAUAAACAUGCCGUCAGCACAUACCUAAAUUAA